UUAGAGGUCGGUUGUAUCUAGAUUCUAACCUUUCCUUUAUCCUCUCACCCUCCCAGCACUGCUCUCUCCCGCCUUCUCAAAUCCGCUCUCUCUUCCCCCGAUGGAUUUCUUCAGGUCCGUAUUUGCCGACGACCCACACCCCUCCGAUUCAACCGAGCAUCAUUCAAAACCCCGAAGCGAAGACGUUCCCCUCUCGGACCCCAACCCGAAUCCCAGCGGCGCUUGGAGCUUCGGCAGGUUAAUUAACACGGUCGCGCGCGACCUCGAGGAGUUCGGUUCCGGUUUGAAGAAAGAGACGGCGCUGAUCCGAGACGUCGCCUCUCGCGCGGCCAAGGAGCUACCGGGUUCGCUCGUCGCCGGCGCCUCCGUCACUCAGGAGUCCUUCGAAUCGGUCGGCCAUGCCAUAGACGGCAUCGGUAGCUCGGUCUGGAAAUCCACAGCCGAGAUCAUCUCUCAAGGUAGGGACGCGUUUCUAGCCCUUGACUCAGAUUCGGAUUCCUCUGAAAAUAAUGAUAACAAUAAUAGUAGAAUUAUCAAGAAUAGCCAGGGUUCGCGCUACAGUAGGUUCGAUGCGCAGGUGCGCGCAAUUCAGGGUGAUAUGAAUACGUAUUUGGAGGAACCGGAGGAUUUGGAGAGGUAUAAUGAGUGGAAAUUGGGGUUUGUGUUGGACGAAAAGGGGGAGGAGAUAGAGAAUCUGAUUGGAGAGAAUGGGGUAAUUGGUGAGAUUUAUGGGAAGGUUGUUCCAAGUAGAAUUGAUAAGGACAGCUUUUGGGGUAGGUAUUUUUAUAGGGUGCAUAAGCUGAAGCAAGCGGAGGAUGCAAGAGCUAAACUCGUGAAACGAGCGAUUUCUGGGGAAGAGGAGGAUUUGAGUUGGGAUUUUGAUGACGAAGGUGAAGAGAACAAUGCGUCUGAUUCAAAGGUCGAAUCAAGCGGCCAUGACAAUGUUGAAGUUGGAUCAAAACAAAAAAACGAUGAGACCGGCGGUGAAAUUAAGCUGGAAGAGAGAUCGGAUGAGAAAGGGGUGCUAGAGGGGAAGACAGAUAGCGUGGAAUGUGGGAGCGAGAGUGAAGUUUCAGUCGUUUCAAGCCAGCGGUUAUUGCCCGAGGAAGAAGACCUUGGGUGGGAUGAAAUUGAAGAUGUUGGAAGAAGCAUUGAUGACAAGAGAGGGGAUGCUGUUGGAAGUGCAGAUAAGCUUUGAUUUGCAUGAGCGGCUGAGUGCAGUGGAGGAGGAACAGGAUAUGAAUUAGGAUGCUGAAGAUGAUGAUAAUUAUGAUGGGCCUCUUGAGCCAUGAUACUGUAGGUUCUAAAGAUCACAUUGUUCCGAUUAUUAUAGUUGAUCUCAAUACUCUCCCUUAUUGUGCUCCCCUGCAAAGCAAAGUGUUCAUUUACAUGUCAGUCAUUUUUUAUUAUUUACCCUUUAUAGAUUUAGAUGUAAAUCCUUGUCUUGGUACUUUUUUUAAGUUGAAAUGAUUCUUUUACUAUUCAUUUUUUAAAGACAAUUAGAGCCCUGUAGCCUGUUAUGACCAAUAUAUGUUCUAUUGAUUUAAAUUUGUUAA